CGCAAUGCGUGACGGAAACACGGAUUCACCUUGAUCGAGACAGGUCUAGAAACUAGUGAGCUUCAGCAAGCGGAAGCCCUCGUUUAGUUCGGAUUUCCACUUAGCGUGAUGCAGACCAGAAACUGAAAAAGAAGCACCGAAGACAGUAAUUUAACUUGCUCGCAAUUCCAUCUUCGCUACAUGACUAUUUUUUGCACUCGCGACCUUGUCGACUCCGUGCUUUGGCUUCUCUAAGUUUUGCUCUCGUGGGUCAACAACACGUCUCGCCUUACUUCCACUGUAUCGUACUGUUGAUCUGUCUUCAUUGCCUUUGACUGGUUGGGUCUAUUCAACCGCUCACUCGAAUACGCGUUUUCGAGAACUAAACAAACAAACGACACACCAACGCCGAGUUUAUCAAGUAUCUUAUGAUACAUCCGGCAGUUAAAGUGACCAAGACUUUUCCAACGGUCAGAAACAGAGGGUAACAUUUCAAGACGUGCAGUAAGUGGUAUUCAAUGACUUAUCUCGGAGUAUACCAUAUAAUCGCCCUCCUAUGCCUACCGUCAAACACAAAUGCAAAUCCAGGCUUUGACGAAAUUCAAUCAUUCGCCGACGAAGAGCAUACCAGAGCUCGGCGAUCAAUUGAUAACCCAUCGUUCGCUUCGGGCCAGGUCUCGGGUGACGUGAUUAUAGGAGGUUUGUUCUCGGUACAUUCGGCAGGAGGGGAUAGGUUUCGCUGUGGACCGUUGAAUGAGCAGGUCGGGAUUCACAGGCUUGAGGCCAUGUUAUACGCCAUCGAUAUGGUUAAUGCGGACCAUACCCUUUUGCCAAACAUCUCCCUCGGAGCCGAUAUCAGAGAUGACUGCGAGAACAUCAACAGAGGCCUGGAACAGAGUCUGAAUCUCCUGCAAGGGAUGUUGGGUAAUAACAAUAGAAACUGUCCUGCGCGUGAUUGGAUAAAAGAGAGGGGACCAAUCACAGCUGGCGUUGUGGGUCCUUCGUACAGCUCUUUAGCCACGCAGGUUGCCAGCCUUUUGCGUCUUUUUAAAGUCCCCCAAAUCAGCUACGCAGCCACUAGCACCGAGCUUAGCGACACUCACAGGUUCGACUACUUCAUGCGUACUGUCCCUCCCGACUUGUUCCAGGCCCUAGCGAUCGUGGAUAUUAUUCGCGCUAUGAACUGGUCAGCAGUAUUCGCUAUCAACUCUCGGGGCAGUUACGGUGAAGGAGGGAUCCAAAGCUUCCAGAAAAUGGCGCGAAAAGCGAAUGUGUGCAUCGUGGACGUAGCUCAAGUUGAUGAUAAAAUGAACCCUGUUGAAUACACUGAGAUUCUAGAACGAUUCACCAAGGAGUCUAGGACUCGUGUUGUUGUGUUGUUUUGUAACACGGAGGAUAUUCAUUCGAUUCUCGCCUCAGCUUCGAGACUCAAUCUGACGAGGUAUUUCAUGUGGUUGGCUUCUGACUUCUGGGGUUCGAAAAACGAGCCGUUAUUCGGUGUUGAGGAUGUAGCAAACGGGGCGAUGACCAUCGAGCUUCAAACAAAUCAGAGGGAACUUAACAAGUUUUACGACUAUUUUAAACAGCUAAGGCCCGAGACAAACUCAAGAAAUCCUUGGUUUCGCGAAUACUGGGAGUGGCACUUUAAGUGCAAGCUGGAAAAUAACUCACUCUCUGUGUUCAAUAGAAGCUGCAGUGAUAACCAAAGCGGGACGCAUCACUUGCAUUACGACGGCAAAGUUAUGUUUGUUGUGAACGCGGUAUUAUCAUUUGCGCAUGCGCUGCAUAAUUUACAUAGUGACAUUUGUAGUGGAGAUCCCGGAAUGUGUUACGCAAUGCGCCAGGCCACGCGUGACUCUUUGAUAUCUUAUCUACGUAACGUGACGUUCAAUGGAACCACGGGCAGGAUUCAAUUCGAUUCGAAUGGUGAUACCUCUGGAAAAUACGAUGUUUUACAAUACAGGCGUGACGGGGAAGACGACGGCAGAUAUGUGAGAGUCGGGAGCUGGAUCGAAGGCGAAUUAAAACUUAAUACUUCAGAAAUCACAGAGUGGUACGUCUCUGAUAAUAACGCAAUCGAAUCACACUGCGGUAAACCAUGUAAAGCGGGAUACAUUCGACGCAUGACAAAAGCGAAAUGCUGCUGGUCCUGCGAGUUGUGUAGCCUAGGCUCGUUUGUGUACAAUAAUACCUGCAUCAGAUGCAAAGAGGGGUACCAGCCAGAUACGAGUUACCAAGACUGUACUCUACUGCCAGUGAAAUACCUGGACACUCCCUGGAAGGCAGUGGUGGCCACGGCAGCUGGUGUUGGAGUCGUGGUGACCAUGUUUGUGAUUGGGGUUUUUAUCAAGUUCAAGGACACACCGCUUAUCAUGGCGGCCGGAAGGGAGGUCUCCACGCUUCUGUUUACAGGAAUGUUAAUGUGCUAUGCGUUGGCCUUCGUGAUGGUUGUCCCUCCUAAUACUACACUCUGCGGAAUUCGAAGAUUCGGGACGGGGAUAUCCUUCUGUCUUCUUUACACCUCACUUCUCGUGAAAACUAAUCGAAUCGCGAGGAUUUUCAGCGGCACAAAAUCUCCAUCGUUUAUCAGCCCUAAGUCACAGCUAUUCAUCACACUCUUGAUCAUAUCCCCCGUUUUGACGAUCACGUUACUGGAAUUCUAUUUCCAUCCACCGGAAAUAAAAUAUACGCAUCUCGAGAAGUACAACCUCCUCUCCUGCUCGAACAAGGAAAUAGCAGUCAUCACCAAGCUGUGCUACAACGUACUGUUGAUCCUCCUGUGUACUUACUAUGCGUUUCGAACCCGCAAAACGCCGCUAAACUUUAACGAAGCAAAGUUCAUUGGUUUCUGUAUGUACACUACGUGUGUGAUAUGGAUCGCGUUUCUGCCGCUAUACUUCGGCGCGGGAGGAGGGUUUGAGGGCCUUGCCGUGUGUUUUAGCGCCGUUUUUAGCGCUACUACCAUACUAGUGUUCAUCUUUGCGCCCAAGGUGUACAUUGUGAUAUUCAAACCUGAGAAGAACUUGAAGAGUAACUCAAGGUUACGAUCGCGGACGAAGUCUUUAGAGAUCGCUGCGACGGCUACGAUGGACAACGAUUCAGAUGACGAUCGGAUCAAUUCACGUAGAUCGGGAGCACCACACUCUCCUACUAUGACCUCAAUGAGUCGACUGUCACAAAGCAGCGUAGAUCCGCCUCAGUCACCGACAUUCACUUCCCCAAAAGAUCAAUCACCAAGCGAGUUAUUGAAUUCAUUGGAGGUUCCAAGAGUAUAUAUCAAGUAGCUUGGCUAAAAGGGGAGCUAUGGUUUUUCAAGCAGCCUUCGCGAGCUGUUUGACUGUCUACAAGUACCCAUAAUACACGUCAAGUAGCUCAGAUGAUUAACGGUUGGAUAAAAGUGUGUGGAGAUAGAAGGUGACACUCUACUAGCUACUAUACGGGCAAAAUAUGCGUCACACGUGACAUUAAACUGAAUUUGUGAAAA